AUAGAUUCUGUAAAGGACAGGUUCCCGCACGCAACCACCAGCCCAUCUUUAUUGAGAAAAACCACUGAUCGAGACCGUUGCCGUCCUCCGGCACCAAAUCCUCCAACAAAACUCAAUCCGCUAACUCUUCUUCUCUCUAUCCUACACUUUGUCGAGAGAAUCGCAGAUGGGAAAGUCCGGAUUGUUCGAUCUUGAGAGACACUUUGCAUUCUAUGGGGCGUAUCACAGUAACCCAGUUAACAUAUUGAUACAUACCUUGUUUGUGUGGCCGAUUUUCUUCACGGCUCUUCUUCUCUUUUAUUUCACACCUUCUUUUUACGAUCUAUCUCAAGAUGGGAUCUUGCCAUCUCCCUUUAAUCAUGCUUUGGUUUUGAAUUAUGGAUCCGUUCUUGCUCUCGUCUAUGGACUGUUCUACUUCGCCUUCGACAAGAAAGCUGGUUCUUUGGCUGCUUUGCUUUGUUUGGUCUGCUGGGUUGGGGCUAGUUUUGUUGCUGUCAAGCUUGGAUUUUCUCUGGCUUGGAAGGUUGUGCUUGCUGCUCAGCUGAUCUGUUGGACAGGACAGUUUUUGGGCCAUGGGGUGUUUGAGAAACGGGCACCAGCUCUGCUAGACAAUCUUACUCAAGCAUUUUUAAUGGCUCCAUUCUUUGUUUUGCUUGAGGUUCUUCAAACAUUAUUUGGAUAUGAACCCUAUCCAGGGUUUCAUGAAAGUGUAAAAGCUAGGAUUGAUACUGAAAUUAAGGAAUGGAAAGAGAAGAAACAGAAGAAGAUUACUUAGCUCUCUUCAGGAUGGAUGAUCAGGGCUUAUAGCCAUUUGUUAUAUUAGUGAAUAAACUUUGUACUUGACAAACUUUUCAAGACUACUUGACCCAAGCUUGUGAAUCUCAUCCUUGUUGGAAUUCAAAUAGAAGUGAUUAAAUGCAUGAAACUUCUUAAUAUUUAACGUAAGCCAACAAGUUGGGAUA